AUGGCUUCGUUGUACACCGCGUUUCAGACCGUUGGCUAUACUCUUGAAAAUGGGGUUUACACCUCGAUUUUGGCGCCCCCGUCGAUGAAACAAGAUCAAGCUUCAACGUCAUGCGACGAACCAGCGGCGAAGAAAAAACGAAUCAUCGAUCCGUUCGAUCCGGAAGCAACGGUUCCAUUGCCAUUCCAGCUUGAUGAUCAAUUUGGGCCCUAUAGUUCGUCGAUUUGGAAACGCAAUGAGCGCGAGCGGUGCCGAGUGCGAUGCGUGAAUGAAGCCUACGAGCAGCUAAGGCACCAUCUUCCCCUUCAUCAUGGCGAAAAACGUCUGUCCAAAGUCGACACCCUUCGCUUCGCCAUCCGCUACAUCAAUCACCUCAAUCGCCUGCUGAAGGACGUUUUCCACCAAUACAGCUGCCACUGUUUCGCCGGUUUUCAAGAGGAGUCCGAAGGCAACGUUCAGGUCAACUAUCAGAGUUUAAUGAACAAAACGUGCUAUUGA